AUGGUUGACUACCCGGCGAAUUGUUCAAGCAUGUGCGUCGCCGUGCAGGAGCAUCAUGCGCUGCCAGGGGCCCUGGCCAAGGCGCAGCGGGACGCGCUCGCCGAGGGCUACCGCGGUGUCUGGGAGGCUGCGCUACCUGGACAGGGCACUGGCAGUCAGGGCGGCGUGGCGGUGUUGGUGCCCAAGCGCGUGCUCAUCACAGGGCCCCCUGCGCUAGAAGGGCCAACGUUGGAGCCAGGGCGCAUGGUGGCGGCGCACGUCAACUGCGGUGGCAAGCGAGGUUUCGUCAUGAUUUCUCUGUAUAUGCGGGUUGACGAGCAGCUGUCGCCAGAGAACCUGGCCAUCCUGUUCAAGUUGUAUCAGUAUCUGAAGGUGCUCGACACCUUGCAGAUGCCGUGGAUAGUGGGGGGAGAUUUCAAUAUGGAGCUCAAGCAGUUGGGCCCGCUGUCGUGGCUGCACUCGGUCAAUGGCGUUGCGGUUGUGCCAUCGGUGCCGACUUGCAUGCAGGCCCUCCCUGGGCGCACGAUCGACUUCUUCUUCGUGGCCUGCCAGGUCAUGCCGAGGAUGAGCCAUGCAGCAGUCGGUGAGGCAGAUACUUGGCCGCACCUGCCCGUCACGCUCAGGUUGGCAGCCCAGCCGCAGGUGAUGUGGACUCGGCAGCUGGUGCAGGCCAAGGGUUUCACCAAGGCGCCGAAGGUCGGCUGCGCCAGGCCGCCGCCAGACUGGGACCCGCUGCUGAAUCAGAUCAGGCAGGUGACCUCCUCGGAGCAGAUGGCCGACGUGUGGGACCAGCUGCUGCUGGGCAUCGAGUUCGAGCUGCAGGGCCGCUACGAUGUCGUCGGACCGCAGGUGUCAAAGUUCACGUCCAAGCCUGCGCCACCUACGUUCGAGUGGGCCAGGUUCGACCCUGACGAGAGGGUCUACUGCAGCAAGCUGUGCGACAAGACCGCGAGGCACAUUUUGGAGUUCCAGUAUUUUUUGAAAAGGAUUGCUGCUCGCUCCGAUGUUUGGCCACAUCUUGAUAAGGCGGCUGUCGAUAUUUUUGCGCUUGGGCUCCUGGCUUUCGUGCGGGAGGAUUUCGACCAGCAAAUCGAGCGCAUCAUUGUCAAGGCAGAGGGCAAGCAGCGGGCGCAUGAGAGUAAGGUAGCCGCCAGUUGGCAGGCGUGGGCCGAGGCGUCGUUCGAAGGCGGCGCUAGUCGUGCUCACAAGUUUUCCAAGCCACUGGCGCUCCAGGAGGUGAUCGACUACGGCGCAGGUGUCCAGCACGCGUACCAGCUGGCCGAUCGUAAGGUGCAGCACUGGAACCAGUACUGGCAGAGGCACGAUGACGGGGUGAUUGAUUUGCCCAGCGACCACCAGGUGUGGGACAAGCUGCCACCUCUCAGCGGCAGGGACGUACGCCGUGCGGUUCGCGCCUUCAGCUGGACAACGGGCACGGGGCAG